UGGGCAUCUUCGUUAAUUUCGAGUUUCUAACGUCUGAUUUCAUUAAUUUGGCAAUUUGUCACCGUUUCCCACUCAUUUACUUCACUCCUCGCAGUUGGCGGAACUUUGGCGCAACCUGCAGCUCCAAAAAGACGAAACCCUAUCUGUCUGAUUGCCUCUUCUUCCUCCUCGUUCACCAUUGCUUGUCGCCGCCAGCACUCUCUUUAGCGACGACGACAGGGCAGUGACAAGCUUGAGACUUGGAAACGGAUGGAGUAGGCUCUUCGCUCCUUCUCGCAUCAAUUCUUCCACCUCCGAUGUGCAGCCUCUCCGCCAUCGCACCGCUCUCUCCGCUUCUCUCAAUGUGAAAACAUAAAGAAAUGCCCUCUUCUUGUAUUCUUUCGUGCGCCUCUCAGCUUGCUGGUCUGGAACAGGGCAGGGAACUACAUUUUGGAGGGCAUGAAGGAACUCGCUACACUAGAGACCAGUUGCUGGAGUUUAAACAGGAUGUUUCCUCAUUGAUCUUUGACAAGAUGUGUUGGAGCCCAAAUUUUGUCCCAUGGUUACUGGGGCAGGAAUGUAAAACAUGCCCAGCGGAGGAAAAUGUCGAGGCAAUAUGCCAGUUUUUCAACACCAUUGGUAAACAGCUGGAUGAGAUCCCAAAAUCUCAGCUGGUUAAUGAUAUAUCCUUUAGCAGGUUUAAGGAGCUGGCCAACCUCUUGCUCGACAGAUGUGGUUCAUGGUCAGAGAUGUUGUCGAUUUGAGAACCAACAAAUGAGUCCCUAGACGUGAAGUGGAGAAAGCCAAAACCAUAACUGAUAUCCACUCUGACGCAGAGAAGAACCUUGGAUUGCGAGCUGGGACAACUGCAUAUAUUAAGAAUAUUAGGACUGCACUUGCAGCAAAAGAUGGUGCCAGAAAAGCCCAUCAUGAAUCGAGCCGGUGGGGAAGCUUCUUGACACGCCAAAACACAACACAAAACUGCGAUCAAGUGUAAUCGCAGUCCGGGAAUGCAGAAACAGGCAAGUUAUAUUAUCAACCCGGGGGUCUAGAUCUACUGCUUACUCCGUGAUUGUCUAUUAUCUAGCAAACUAAUUCGAGUGAUUGUUGUUUAAAGCAAAAGCAGUAAGAAAGCAGUAAAUUGUUCGGUUUUCAAAGUCAGGAAAGAGUCACUCGGGAUUGAGUCCCCCUAGCCCCUUAAUUAGGUCCAAUUGUAAUUAUCCUGGGUUGAUUCACUGUUGAUUAGACUGCGGAAGUUCCGACAGUAGCUUGGAAUCUCUUAAGCUGACCAAGCCCUCUCAGUCUAACUACCCGGCAGACGGCUAGUCUUCACCGGGAUAGAAAGCUGACGCUAUGAACACAGAACUCCACUACUGGAAUUGAAUUCCAGUACAAAGCAGUAAACUGGCUAACUCUCGUAUAGCCAAUCGCCUACUAUCGAAUGAAGAGGCUCUAACAACCUAAUCAGAUUCUAUCUAUCUCAGGUUGAAGCAGA